CCAGCUCAGGCAUUUAUUGCAGCUCUCGCCCCAGAGCCGCAGGGAAAGUCGCACGUAAAGUGCUGGGGAGCGAGAGAGGAGACAGAUAAGCUUUUUAAUCUCGGGAUAUUUGGGGUUUUUGGUGGGGGUUUUUUUCCCCCUCUCCUGCUGAGAAGUUUUCCUCUCUCCGGUCCCUGGGAUCACAGCCAGACAGGAAGCAUUUUCUCACGGCCAGAGAGCUCCCUCCGUCCUUCCUGUGCUCCUCCAGCUCACAGUGAUUCAGCCCUGAAUUGAUUUUCUCCAUCGCCCUUCACCUGGUGCCGGGAAGGAGGGGACGGUCCCCGCAGCCCUCGCCCGCGUCCCGCCUGGGGUGGAUGCGUCUCCUCCCAGGGAAGUUUGCAGCCAGCAGCAGCCACGCAGAGGCUGAGGCUCCGUGGGAGAGCCCCGGGAACACGCUCGGACCCCUCCGAAGGAAGCCAUGGCCGACAGCCAGAUGCCCUUCUCCUGCCAUUACCCCGGCAGGCGCAGCGUCCGCGACCCGUUCCGGGAGCCCGGCCUGACCUCGCGCCUGCUGGACGAUGAUUUCGGCAUCUCGCCGUUCCCCGGGGACCUGACGGCAGACUGGCCCGACUGGGCUCGGCCCCGGCUCACCACCACCUGGCCGGGCCCGCUGCGUGCCGGCAUGGCCCGUGCCUCCGCCAUGGCCCCCGGCUACGGCGCCCACUUCGGGGGGUACCCCGAGAGCCGCAGCCCCGCGCCCUUUCCCCGCGAGCCCUGGAAGGUGUGUGUCAACGUGCACAGCUUCAAACCCGAGGAGCUGACGGUCAAAACCAAGGAUGGCUACGUCGAGGUGUCAGGCAAGCACGAGGAGCAGCAGGUGGAAGGAGGGAUCGUCUCCAAGAACUUCACCAAGAAAAUCCAGCUGCCCUAUGAGGUGGAUCCCAUCACGGUCUUCGCCUCCUUGUCACCGGAGGGGCUGCUGAUCAUCGAGGCGCCCCAGAUCCCCCCCUACCAGCAGUACGGCGAGGGCGGCUGCGGCAGCGAGAUCCCCGUUGAGAGCCAAGAGGCCACCUGUGCCUGACCGGCCGCCCGCACCCUCCCGUGCCCCGGCACCCCUCCCGUGCCCCGGCACCCCUCCCGUGCCCCGGCACCCCUCCCGUGCCCCGGCACCCCUCCCGUGCCCCGGCACCCCUCCUCCCCUCUCCCCUCUCCUCCCUCCCCUGUGGCGCGGCCUCCGGGCAACCUCCGGCGAGGGUGAUGGGUGCAGGGACGGCAGCACCCGCCACCCCACGGGGGGACCAGCUGGAGCCGGGGCACGCUUGUAGCAGUCUGGGUGCCCGAGGGCUUGUAGCAGCCUGAGGUGCCCGUAGAGAUUUGUGUGCCCGUGGGGCCGAGCAGAACGGAUGUCCUCAUUACAGUUCUUUUUUGUUCUGAGUCACUUGGAUGGAAUAUUUAUAACAAAUAGCAAAAAUGGGCCCUUUUUGUCUUGGUCUAAACUUGACACAGAAUCCUGUAGCCCUGUGUCUUUUCCUUCUCCAGGGGUUGGGGUUCAGUUUAAACUCCAUCCCUGCCAAAGCCAUGCGCCCGGCAGCGGAGCGGAUGGCACGGCCCCUGUCCCGAGGAACGUGGCUGUAAUGGGGGCUUGGGGCUGAGGCACUUCUUAUUUUUAGGGUAUUUUUUUUUCCAAAGAUAAUCUGUGCUUUUAUUUGUCAGACCUGUGGAAUAAAACCCAGUUGAUGUUCUUAGCCUCUGCUUGUCUCAGCUGAGCGAGCCCAGCGGUGUGGGCUGGAGGGGGAAGGGGUGAUGCAGUCAUGUGCCACCUCCCAGCCUGGCACAGGGUCCUCCCCAGGGGGGGAAGGAGGACAGAGAUCAUGAAAUCGUUUUGGUUGGAGAAGACCUUUAAUAUUACCAAGUCUAACCCCUCCCCUCACAUUGCCAAGCCCACCACUAACCCAUGGCCCUCAGCACCUCAGCUAUGUGUCUGUAUCUCCAGGGAUGGGGAUUCCCCCAGCUCCCUGGGCAGCCUGGGUCGGUGCUGGGAGUAUAUGGGGUAUGUUUGCACUGAUGGGCAGCCAAAGCAUUUACUUGAGCCUUUUCUGCAGCCCAGCUAACACCGAGGCACAGAGCCUGGUGAGGAAAAUGGGCUCAUCCUUUCCUUAACCCUCUUGAGGGGCUGAAAAUGUUUGUCCUGCUUGGGGAUGUUAAAUCAGCCUCUGAGCUGGGAAGGCCAGGUUUGCAUCAUCCCCAUUCUCACCUUACCCUGCCAGCUCUUGACCAGCAGCUCCAUGAGGAAGCACUUCCCAGCCAGUGGCUUCUGCUGGGCCCUGGGCACAACCUUAAAGCCAUUGCCAGGGGCAACGCAGCAGGGAGAGCUGUUAACACACUGGAAUUUCCCCAAAGCAAAGGUGCCAAUGGGCAGCAGGAGUUUUUCCAUCCAUCUGUGUGACACCUGGGCCGGGCACCCGAUUUUCCAUGUCACCAGGACCUCAGAGUUAAAAAUACAACCUCACAUGCUCUGCUGCAGCUCCCUCGGGAUAUGGUUACCAACAACAGCCCAUCACGUGCUGUAAACUCCGGCCUGACGCUCGGGGUCAUGGAGAUACCCACACUCCAGGUCACAGAGGGGAUCCUGGGGGCUCUCACCCCAGGUUUAUGUGUUAUAUUUCAUGCUUGGGCCUCCCAGCAGUGCAGGACCCCCUGUGCCCAUCAGCAGGAGCCAUCCCUUGGGCUCAGGCACCUCAGGCAUCCUGGAAAUACAACACCCACACCAGGAGGGGAAGGAAAAAGUCCCAAGUCACAGCUCCAGCCCUGUGUCCUCAGGCCCAUUGGAGUGUCAUGGCCUGUGGGUGACAGCUCUCCAGCACAAACUGCCCCUCCUCUUCCUCACUGCCUCAAAGGAGUCAGCUUUUGAGAAAACAUCCCCAAGCUCAACUCCAAAUUGGUCCCCAAUGUCCCAUCCCCUCAGUGCACUUUGUAUGAGAAGGACCCCAGGGAAGCACAGGUGUCUGUGGGGUGAUGAUGCUCCAGCACCCCAGAGCGAGUGGCUGGAUGCAGCUCCACAGCAGCCCCAGCUGUGCAUCCCAGGGCUGCAGGUACAAGGGCCCAGCUGUGGCUCCUCAGGGGGAGUGACCUACAGCUGAGUCUCCCUCCCAGCCCAGGGUAGAUGGGGAGGUCCCCAGGCUGUAGCUGCCCUAGUACUGGGACAAUAGGAACCUCAGGCUCAGCUCUGGGGCUGCAGCCAGGGAAGGGCUGCUGCUGCUGGCUCCCAGAUUUCUCCCCUGCUGAUCCUGCAGUUUAGAGUAAGAUUUGGGGUUUUUUUUCUUUAAUUGCUUUCUGUUGUGUUUGGUUCUGCCUUCUGAUGAAUUGCUUGCUAAUGUCUUACAGAGAAUGGUGUAAGAUGCAUUAGCAAUAAUCUCUUAAUGGCUGGGGCUGGUAUUGGUAAUUAGCAGUGAGGACCAAGCAGCGUGCUUGGAUCUGUGCAGCCAGUGAGCUCCCAGCCUGUUG